CGGUGGAAAUAACCCAGGGCUGCCAGGCCCGACGCUUCCAGCAGCCCGCCGUUUCUGAGGCCUUGUCCUCACCAUCCUGCUUCACCCGGCCCGUGCCCAAAGCUUGGCCACCCCCUGCCCCAUUGCUGGUCCUUAUUCCUCGCGCCUUUGCCACGAGCCCCGUCAGGCCCUGCUUGUCCUCAUCAGACGCCUGAUGAGGCUCCACGUGCCCUCAAUCUGCGCCCGCUCAAGCUGCGUGCGCCCCGUCACGUGCCCGGUCACGUGCCUUGCCACUCUCCCGCGCGUGCGCGCUCCCUGAGGGCGGUUGGCGGCGUUUGGAGCGGAGCCAUGAGCGGCUCUUCGCGGUCCCUGAAAGGAACACCGCGGUCGGGUGCGGACGGUCAGUCUCUGUACCAGCGGUUAAGUCAGAGGAUGCUGGACAUCUCCGGGGACCGGGGCGUGUUGAAGGAUGUCAUCCGAGAGGGGACUGGAGAGCUGGUGACACCCGACGCUUCGGUGCUCGUGAAAUAUUCUGGAUAUCUGGAGCACAUGGACAAGCCUUUUGAUUCUAACUGCUUUAGGAAAACUCCUCGGCUCAUGAAACUUGGGGAGGACAUCACACUUUGGGGCAUGGAGCUGGGCCUUCUGAGCAUGCGGAGAGGAGAGCUGGCAAGGUUCCUGUUCAAACCGACCUACGCCUACGGAACACUGGGCUGUCCUCCCCUGAUCCCCCCAAACACCACCGUCCUAUUUGAGAUUGAGCUGCUUGACUUCCUGGACUCUGCUGAGUCGGACAAGUUUUGUGCCCUCUCGGUGGAUCAACAAGAUCAGUUUCCACUCGAGAAGGUCCUAAAAGUGGCAGCUACCGAACGGGAGUUUGGCAACUACCUUUUCCGCCAAAAUCGAUUCUAUGAUGCCAAAAUGAGAUAUAAACGGGCCUUAGUGCUUCUCCACCGCCGAUCAGCACCCUCUGAGGAGCAGCACCUGGUGGAGACCGCCAAGCUGCUGGUUCUCCUUAACUUGUCCUUUGUGUACCUGAAGCUGGAGCGACCCGCCAUGGCCCUGCGCUAUGGAGAGCAGGCUCUGAUCAUUGACCAGAAGAAUGCCAAGGCCCUCUUCCGGUGUGGACAGGCCUGUCUCCUCAUGACUGAGUAUCUGAAGGCCCGGGAUUUCCUAGUCCGAGCCCAGAAGGAACAGCCCUUCAAUCAUGACAUCAAUAAUGAGCUGAAGAAACUGGCCAGCUAUUACAGGGACUACGUGGAUAAAGAGAAAGAAAUGUGUCACCGAAUGUUUGCUCCUUGUGACAGUGGCCCUGCGGCAGGAGAAAACUGAAGUUCUAUGAAACACUGGGCUUCUUGAUUCCUACUUAAGGCUGAACAGAUUACUCAGCUAACUACAAGCAAGAGAAGCAAGGCUGCCUGGAGUUCGUCAUCAUUAUAGGGGGCAGGGGGCUUUUGGGGAAGAAUGCCCCAGAGCAGACUGUGUAGCAGUGACCCACUUGGAAGGGGGCUGGGAUUCCACAGCCUGAGGCCAUUGCCUCAUCUCUGACCAACACACGGCCCAAGUGUUUUCACAGAUGCUGUUUUCUGUUUCACGUUUUCAUACGGAUGAGGGGAAAGGGUAGCUACUGACAAGUAGCAAGGUAUUAUUUUUAAAGGCAGUUUCUUGUUUUUUCAAAUAGAAUUAGUCCUUGGCUUUUCUCCCAGUCCCAACCCCCGUCCUGCUGCUAAUGUCCCUGGGUAAAUACAGAUAGAGAUGGUUUUGUGUAUUUUAUAGGGUUCUCGGUUUUGAAGAGAGAGAAUUAUGUUACAGAUGUUUUUGUUGUAACUAAAUAAAACACUUCUUUGUCCUUGCGA